UGCGUCUGCGCGCUUCGGGAGGAGGCCUCGCGACUCGCCAGUCCUCGCAGGGGUCUGUCCCGUCCCCAGUCUGGGCCCGAGAGGAGCGGAGCCCGCUCCGGGCAGAAUAUGGAUUCCCAAAAGGAUGUGCAGCCUCCAAAGCAACAGCCAAUGAUUUACAUUUGUGGAGAAUGUCACACAGAAAAUGAAAUAAAAGCAAGAGAUCCUAUCAGGUGUCGAGAAUGUGGGUACAGAAUAAUGUACAAGAAAAGAACAAAAAGAUUGGUUGUCUUUGAUGCCCGGUAAUGUGAAUUCAAGAUGUAGCUGUUUUGGCCUGGUUCAUUUUAGUAUACUGAUAACUUUGAUUUGUAUACACAUCUGUUGUGGAGAAAUAUAUACUUUUUCAUUCUGAUA